CCCGCCCCCGCCAGAGCGCGACCCCUCGUCGGAGGGGCCCCCUCCCCCGCCAGCGUAUAUAAGCCCCCGGCGCCCCCUCGUGCGCCAACACACGCCGUCUGACGCUCGUGCCGUGCACACACGCGUACACGCCACACGCCGUCGCGCCUAACACGUGCACUUCGAGUUUCGCUUCGAGUUCGCUGUGACGUUUCGAGAGAUUGGAGACAUGUCUGCGCUUGCAGUUGCUGCCAAGAGGAGCCUGGUGCAUCGCAUCAAGAAGAUGCUAAAACCAGUGGCGCGCCUUGUGAGCCGGUCCAGCAGCUCUCCCAAGCCGAGCCGCGCGCCGCCGGCGCCCACAGAGGCCGACUUGGACAACCUGGCAAACGAGGCGCUCGAGCAAAAGCGGGUGCUGGCGGAGAACGCGGCCAACGAAGCGCGCGUGCGCGUUAUGUUCCUCGCUGCCCCCUCCACCGCGCCGGCUGCCGCCGCCGCCGCCGCCGCCGCCGCCGCGAGCUCGUGCUGCGCGCGCGCCGACGCCGACCUCUGGGUGACGGCCACCAUCUCGCGAUGCCAGCGCGCCGAGCAGCAGCGGCCGCUGUGAGAAGCGAAGCGCCAGCCCGCGGAAGCCGCCGCCAGUGGCAGCACGUGCGCGCCACGCGCGGUCGACACCAGUACCUGCCCCCACCCCAGCUUUGUGAUAGGCGCCGAGCCGCCGCCGCCGCCGCCGCUGCCAGCUCGACUGCCAAGGGCAUCGAACCUACGCCGGCAGGCUUUUUGUUUUUAUUCAGGACGAGUGAAACCAGGCACGAUUCUUAUUUUGUAAAUACUUUUAUUAAAAUAAUGACCUCUAUUUUAUUAUCACUUGAUAUUUAAUAUUUUAAUAAUUUUUAUGCAAUUCCUAUUGUCAUUCAGAUUUUUAAAAAGAGACAGCUACGAAAUUCGUAACGUUCUUGUCUGAUUUACAUUUGUGGAAUCAUCUUCAAAUAUCUUUCAUUUAUAUUUUGAAUAAUUAAAGUGCAUUUAUGUUAAAGAGCCUGUUAUUUAUUCUUGAAAAGUAUGUGCCUGGUUCUGAGCGAACGAAAAUAGUUAAUGAGUUCGUUGCACCGUCCUGCUCUCUCAACGUGCCAAUUUUUGUGCUUUUGCACCUCACUUGAUUCAGCAGAUGAUUGUAAAUGAUUUCUUUAGCAAUCAUAGUGUUUGAUAUUGUAUUAAUGUUUUAUGAAUAAUGUGAUAUUUUUUAUGUUAAAAUUCAAAACAAGAAAAUCCACAAAAAAAAGUUUAGAUUUUACGAAGUGAUAAAAAUAAGUGUUUGUGAUAAUUUUGUAGUAUAUUUGAAUACUUAAUUUCAUAUUUUGAAAAGUACCUUUUUUGACAUAGUUUAAAAAAAUUAGAUUUAAGGAUCAGAUAAAAUAUUUGAAGGUAAGAUCAGCAUGAUCUGAAAUUAUUUGAGUUUCGUCUUGAGAUGACUGAUAAAUUAUUUGAUGUACCUAAAUGUCUCAAGAUGAACAAUGCUAUAUGAAUUGUAAUUUUUAUUGAAAUAUACACAUGUGUAAUAUUGUACUCAUGUUUGAAUUUGUGAUGAUUUGAGCUUUAAUUUUUUUAACAUGAACCAAACACUUGCUUGUGUUGGGUUAUUGAAUUACUGAGUAAUCCAUUGUCUUCCAUUUUAUGCUUAAUAAUUUGAAAAUAAAUUGUUUUUACUUUUUUAACU